AUGGGUACACAAAGUCGAGAACAGUCUUCAGUAACUUUACAACGGAAAAACGGAUUAUCAUCAUCGUCAUCAUCAGCAUCAUCAGCAUCAUCAUCCUCAUCGUCAAAAAUUCAAACAUUUCACGACGCGAUUUCACAUUUCAAGAAAAAUGACCGAGUUAAAACAUAUGAUAUGCAGGUACCACGACCUCUUACGGUAUCAUGGAAUUGUGAUGGUACUCGCCUUGCUGCAGGAGCGGAAAAAAGUGUAUCAGUGAUAACAUAUGAUUCAUCAUUUCGAAUCAAAACGAUUUUUCGUGGUUUUGGUCACAAUGAACAGGUUGAUCAGGUUGCUUUUCAUCCUUCUAAUCCAUACUUGUUAGCUUCAGCUAGUGCAGAUAAAUCUGUUCGACUAUGGGAUAUUCGGCAGCCACGGACACAUACUAGAUUAAAUACUAAAGCGCAGAAUUUGAAUGUAGCUUGGUCACCGUGUGGUACAUAUUUGGCAUAUGGUGACAAGGAAGAUUCCUUAAGUAUUCUUGAUAGUCGAAAUUUGAAAACAAUCAAAGUUGAAUCGUUAAAGGAAGAAGUAAAUGAAUUUGCAUUUGAUCCAUCUGGAAAAUAUUUAUUUGUAGCUAUGGGCAGUGGACAAGUUAAUAUUUUUUCGUCACCAGAUGUGACACAUCGACGAACAUUGCAAGCACAUCCUGCUCAAGCUGCUUGCGUUUGCUUAGCCGUUUCACCGGAUGGUCGACGUUUUGCCGUUGGUGCAUCGGAUGCAGUCUGUUCAAUUUGGGAUGCUAAUGAGUUAAUUUGUGAAUCAAAUAUGGGGAGAUUGGACUACCCUCUACGAUCGAUCUCAUUCAGUACAGAUAGUCAACUGAUAGCUUGCGCAAGUGAAGAUCAUUUCAUUGAUAUUUGUUGGGCAGAAAAUGGUGCAAGAGUACAUGAACUUCGAGUGAACGCUGAAACGUUUACGUGUGCUUGGCACCCGAGUAUGUAUCUGCUUGCGUACGCUUCAGCUCCAUCAUUGGACAGUCGUGAUCGAGAAGUUACAGUAAACAUUUUUGGAUUUACUAUGUGA